GUGGUGGUGGUGGUGGUGGUGGUUCCCAGGAGUGCUACAAGUGUGGUAAGCCUGGCCACAUUGCCCGUAACUGCACUGAAUCGUACGGCUCAGCCAGCUACGGAGGAGGUGGUGGUGGUGGCUUUGGCAGCGGCUAUAACGGAGGCGGUGGCCAAGGUGGUAAGACCUGCUAUUCUUGCGGUGGUUAUGGCCACAUGUCUCGCGAAUGUGUCAAUGGUAGCAAAUGCUACAACUGCGGCGAGAAUGGCCACUUCUCCCGUGACUGCACUAAACCCUCGACCGGCGGAGAGAAGAUCUGCUACAAGUGCCAGCAGCCUGGACACGUCCAGUCUCAGUGCCCUAACUAAGCGGAUUCACCAUAAAGAUACCUCGAGCUUUUUCUGCGACGCGAUGACUUCAUUACAAAUUCAAUUUCUUCUCGGCAAGUUAUGAAGGUGGAUGGCGACCGUGGCCUUUGGAAAGGUUGCCAGAGCAGUGGAUGAUUGGGAGGGUCAAUCUCUAUUAAUCUUCGACAAACACCCUUUGUAUAUUCUCUUAUGGGCACCCUUCGCGUAAGCGGGUGGGUUACUAUGGCAGGUCGUGAUUUGGUAAACUCGAGUAAUCUCAAUUGGUCGGAAUUAUGGCACAAUGGAAAAAGGGGAAAAAUCUGGCCUGGAUCCGGAAAAGUUCUGUUGCGGAACACGGAGUCAUGGUUUUGCUUUGCUAGGGACAUUGCAGGGUUUCUCGUUCUGGUUGCGUUAGCACCAUACAAAUACACUUCUGCGCAGUGGUUGUUCCCAGUCUAGGAACACUGAAUGCGAAUGAAUUUCAUUAAUUGCCUCUGA